AUGGAACGUUAUUUAAAGAGGAAAGAACGUGUAGAGGUUGACUUAGAUGAUCUCCCGGCUGAUCCCGGACUCCGACCUUCAAUAUGGAGUUAUGAUAUGAAUGAUAGGGACAAAAUUCGAAGAACUUAUCUUUUAAAGGGACCCCAUCAACCGAGAAGUCAUCAAUUCCCCCAAACAUUAAUAGGGAAUAGUGCUCGCCGGUUUAACCCUAAAUGGUUUGAAGAAUAUGCUGAUUGGUUAGAGUACAGCAUACAAAAAGAUGCUAUUUUUUGCCUUUACUGCUAUCUAUUCAAGCCCCAAGAACAAAUUAGGAAAGGCCAAGCUGGUGGUGACUCAUUUGUUGGGGAAGGAUUCAGAAAUUGGAAGAAGAAAGAAAAACUACUUAUUCAUGUCGGAGAGCAUAGUAGUGAGCAUAACAAGGCAAGACAAAAAUGUGAAGAUUUGUUGAAGAGUCACGAACACAAACUCCCAGUAUUAUGGUUAAGCAAAGAGGAAAAGAAUAAAAAAGAUUAUAGGAUCAUGUUAACUGCUGCAGUAGAUUGUGUUCGAUUUUUAUUACAUCAAGGAUUAUCAUUUCGUGGGCAUGAUGAGUCAUCCGGAUCAACGAAUCGAGGGAAUUAUUUAGAGCUUCUUGAUUUCCUUGCAAAUCAUAAUGAUGAAAUUAAGAAAGUUUUAUCCAUACAUUCAAGCUCAAAUUUGAAGUUAACUUCACCGAAGGUUCAGAAAGAAAUUUGUUCAGCUGCACCUGCAGAAACUUUGAUAUCAAUCAUGAAAGACAUUGGUGACUCUUACUAUGCCAUUUUGGUUGAUGAAUCUCGGGAUGUUUCAACGAAGGAACAACUAGCUGUUGCAGUGAGAUAUGUGGAUAAUUUAGGGCAAGUUGUUGAAAGGUUUAUAGGCAUUAAACAUGUCGCAUCGACUAAUGCAGUUUCCUUAAAAGCAGCUAUAGAAGAUAUAUUUGCUAAACACUCAUUGAGCAUACAUAGAAUUCGAGGUCAAGGAUAUGACGGAGCAUCUAAUAUGCGUGGGGAGUUUCAUGGUUUGAAGGCCUUAAUACUUAAUGAUAACCCUCAUGCAUUCUAUGUUCACUGCUUUGCUCAUCAGCUUCAACUGUGCUUAGUUGCUGUAGCUAAAAACCAUUGGCAUGCAAAGCAUCUUUUUGAGAUCACUUUAAGAAUUGUCAAUACUGUUGGAGCUUCAUGUAAGAGGAGUGAUGCUCUUAGAGCAAUUCAGCAUGAUAAAAUAUUGUUUCAUUUGUCUAAAGGGGAGUUGAGCAGUGGUAGAGGAUUGAACCAAGAGACAAGCUUACAACGAGCUGGUGACACCCGUUGGGGUUCACAUUUUCAUACAUUAAUUAGCUUGAAAAAAAUGUAUGCGUCAGUAAUUGAAGUUCUUGAAAUUAUCAAAGAAGAUGGGGUACAUGAUCAACAUGCUGUUGAAGCUGGUGUUUUGAUAGAUGCCAUGGAAUCUUUCGAUUUUAUCCUUGCUAUGCAUUUAAUGAUUGAUAUUUUAGGUGUCACCAAUGAGUUAUCACAGGCCUUGCAGAGAAAAGAUCAGGAUAUAGUGAAUGCAAUGAAGUUAGUACAAAUCUCUAAACAACAAUUACAAAUGAUGAGAGAUAAUGGAUGGAAUUCCUUAUUGGAAGAAGUUGUUUGUAAUAGUGAGAAAGAGGCUGAGGAACAACAGACACCUUCAACUCAUCAGCCUACACCAGUGGAACAUAGUAGUCAAGUUUCUGUUGCAAUUAUACCAGAUUGCUUUGCUUCAACUCAUCAGCCUACACCAGCGGGACCUAGUAGCCAAGUUUCUUUUGCAAGUAUGCCAGAAUGCUUCGCUUCAACUAAUCAGCCUACACCAGCAGGACCUGGUAGCCAAGUUUCUUUUGCAACUAUACCAGUUUAUUUUACUUCAACUCAUCAGCAAACACAUGUAGAAACUUUUAGUCAUGUUCCCUUUUCGAACAUACCAGAAUGCUUCACUGAUGAGUGGCUUCUUCGUCGACCAACCAGUCAGCCCAACCCUGAAUAUUUAAACAUGAUGAAUGGAUUUAUUGAUGCUGAAAGGCUUGGAUAA